AUGGCUCCGGGACGACGGCGGCAAGCACGGCAGCGGUAUUCCCAAGGCAAUCCCGGAACGACGGCACAAACGGUAUCCACACUACCGGACGAAUUCAAGCUACCGAUCACGGGAGAAGCCGAGUUCCUCGCUGCCCCUCCAGCCUCCUCCAGCCCGGGCGGGGCCGUGCCGACGACGGGGUAUCCGCGACUCGCCGGGCGGGCGCGCUUCAUCGAGUCAUCCAUCGGUUGA